AUGAUAUCCUUUUUAGAAGUUUAUUUUCAGAUACUGGCAGUAACAAUAAUUGUAUGCAAUACUAACAAUGUUAGUUUCGACCAAAGCAUAUUCGAUAGUUUUCAAGAUUCCUUGGGAUUGAAUGCAACAAACAAUAAUUCGAAUAACUCUUUACUGAAACUGGAUAUUGAUUCCUUAUUUCUUGAUCCAUGCAACUGGAUCGAACACACUGAAAAAUCAGAACAAGUUUCGAAUAGCAAGACAUUUCAACAAGAAAGCAAAACACAAUCCACCAACCAAGUUCUAAAUCCACUCCAAACCACUCAUUCCACCUCCAUAGUUUCACCAGCAGUCUCCCAACCAACAAUUACAAAUUCCAACAACGAUGAUCACUCAUCAUCAGCUUCCUCCACAUGGAUUACCAACAAUUCACAUGGAAAACGUUCAAGAUUUUCGAGUGGUUCCAAUAGUCAAGGAUCAACAAAUAAUCCAGAACCUACUUUACAAAAAAUCACAACCCAUGUCGUGCAAGAAGAUCAAGAUGAUGAUGAAGAAGAAUGCAGGUCAAUUCUGCAAGAUGAAGAGUUUGGAGGAUGGUUUUUCACACAAGCUCCAACAAGUAUAAUUUUGACAUGUAAUCCAAAAUUUACAAUUAAUAUUUAUCACAAGCCACUGGGAGCUACUCAUAGUGUUUUUGUGAAUGAUGAUAUUUUGGUGCAUAUUCCAAGAUUUGAUUCGAAUAGAAUUGAGGAUUUGUUCUGUGAUAGAGUGCAGCUCCAAAUGAGAAGCUAUUUAGUUUCUUCCGUUGUCGAGAAUCCAAAUGAAGUGAUUAAUAACAUUUCACAAAUUGAUCACCUCACUGCUUUGGAAUUUUAUGAGAAUUUAUCAGAUAGUCGUUUCGUUUCCAAUCUUCAAGAUCCUAAUCUCCCUUCUGGUUUUUCAAUUAAGGUACCAAUUAAGAGGGAUAAUACUUCCAAAAGAGGUAAAAGAAAGGAGAAACUAAACUCUGUCAUUGCAAGCUCUUCCUCGCCAAACAACAAUAACAAAUUGCCUCACUCUGACGACUCUGACAAUAGCUCCUCCUUCAUUGAAUACACCUCCUCUCCAAAAAAGAAAAAGAAAGGAGAAUCGGCUCCCAAGAAAAUAAUCUUUCUCCUCCUCAUUGAUCGAGAUUCGGGCGAUAUACUUUACAGAUCCGAGUUAUUAUGGCAGAGAAGUAAGACAAAGAGGGAAAUGGAACAGAAAAAACCAAUUGGUGAAGAAAGUUCCAUAGGAAAUAGUUCUGAAACCAAUCAGAAAAAGAGAAGAAACUCCACAUCAAAUGCUUCUGCGAACAAACAGAAACCCAACAAGAAGACGAAUAAAAAGAAAUGA